AUGAUACUCCACUGCCCAAGUCCCCCAUCCAUCCACAGAUCCACACCUCGCGUGUGCAACGUGCGUGCCCAACCUCACCCAAGGUUGAAAAAUCCUACCAGGUACAUGUCAUCCUUGUACUGUAUAGAUAAUGUAAGACGGGAAGCACCCCCCCAUUCCCAUUCCUCCGCCGACUUCCCGCCGCCGCAAGAACAAAAAUCCCUCGAAUCUUCUUGGGGUAUUCGAAGGUUUUCUUGGCGCAAUGGCUGUGUGCGCAUGGAAGUACCUAUCGCAGCAGUGGGAUAGAUAGCUGACGGGUUCUCGCUUCGAGGCUGAUGCUGAUGCAUGGCCGAACGAACGUUCGGGUAUGAUGAAGCACCUCGAAGCAGAAAGAGAGUAGAAAAUAAAAAGUUAAGGCCCAAACUCAACCCAGACCUCGGUGUUCCCUUUUUUUCUCCUUUCUUGCUUGCUGCUGAGGUUUCUCACACGCACAUCCACGCACAUGUGCGUGUAUAUUCCCGCAUCUGCAAGUGGAUCAAGUAAGGUAAGGUACCUAGGUAGGUGAGAUCCCCACCAUCACUCAUCAUCACAAUCCUAUUCCUUACCAGGUAGACGGAAAAAAAUCUGUGCGGCACCGAAAGUGAAGGACUAAAAUCAUUUGUUUCUUCGUUCUUUUUCUGUUUCGGUAAUAGCGGGACAUGUAUGUGUGUGGAUGCUCCGGGAGAGAGGGAUACGAACCUACAUGUGCUUAUGUACCUGUAUAUGUACGUGUAUGGACUUGAGUGUCCGCCGCUGCACGAGUUCGCCGGGAUAGAAAAGGGCAGAAGAAUGGGGAAGGAGGACGGAGGACGGCGGAUGUAGGGAUUUUCUCUUCCAUUUUCCCUUUGCCGUAU